AUGCCGCCCCAGGGACCCCGCGAGCCGCCCCAGCAGCAGCCCACGGCGCCGGCCCUGCAGCUGCAUGCGCCGCCGCUCCUGGACUCGUGCCUGUGCUGCCCGUUGCUGCCUGUUGCUGCCCGUGCCUGUGCUGCCUGUUGCCGCCCGUUGCUCCCUGUGCCUGUGCUGCCUGUUGCCGCCCAUUGCUGCCCGUGCCUGUGCUGCCCGUUGCCGCCCGUUGCUGCCCGUGCCUGUGCUGCUCGUUGCCGCCCGCUGCUGCCCGUGCCUGUGCUGCCCGUUGCCGCCCGUUGCUGCCCGUGCCUGUGCUGCCUGUUGCCGCCUGUUGCUGCCUCUGCCUGUGCUGCCCGUUGCAGCCUGUUGCUGCUCGUGCCUGUGCUGGCCGUUGCCGCCCGUUGCCGCCCAUUGCUGCCCGUUGCCGCCUGUUGCCGCCCGUGCCUGUGCUGCCCGUUGCCGCCCGUUGCUACCCGUGCCUGUGCUGCUCGUUGCCGCCCGUUGCUGCCUGUGCCUGUGCUGCCUGUUGCCGCCCGUUGCUGCCCGUGCCUGUGCUGCCUGCUGCUGCCCGUGCCUGUGCUGCCUGUUGCCGCCCGUUGCUGCCUGUGCCUGUGCUGCCCGUUGCUGCCUGUUGCUGCCCGUGCCUGUGCUGCCCAUUGCCGCCCGUUGCUGCCCGUGCCUGUGCUGCCCGUUGCCGCCUGUUGCUGCCCGUGCCUGUGCUGCCCGUUGCCGCCCGUUGCUGCCCGUGCCUGUGCUGCCCGUUGCCGCCCGUUGCUGCCCGUGCCUGUGCUGCCUGUUGCCGCCUGUUGCUGCCCGUGCGUGUGCUGCCCGUUGCCGCCCGUUGCUGCCCGUGCCUGUGCUGCCCGUUGCCGCCCGUUGCUGCCCAUGCCUGUGCUGCCCGUUGCCGCCCGUUGCUGCCCGUGCCUGUGCUGCCCGUUGCCGCCCGUUGCUGCCCGUGCGUGUGCUGCCCGUCGCCGCCCGUUGCUGCCCCCGUGGAACGGAGGCUAUGGGGGUGGCGGGUAUGGGGGUGAUGGGUGUGUGUGA